GUGUUGGUGCUUUGCGAGUGCACGAGUGAGUGUGACCAGUUACUUCUACCUUCUCUCUCGACUAUGAACGCUUGCCAAUGAACUAAGUUUAGAAUCCCUUUCUUUUCAUCUCUCUUCUGCCUUCUUAACUUCGGAAACCCACAUAGUUUCCUUCACUUUCCUGCACUUUCUUUCAACCCAAACAUGCAUCAUCUCCUCUUCUAUCUCUCAUCUCUCUUCCUCUUUGUCUCACCAAUUUUCUCCUCGCCUGCAGAACUCCAACUCCUCAUGCAAAUCAAGGCCUCCCUCGAUCCACUUAACCGGUUCUUGACCUCCUGGGAACCCAACACUGACCCAUGUGCUGGGUCUUUUGAGGGCGUAGCUUGCAAUGAGCAAGGCCGUGUGGCUAAUAUUUCUCUUCAGGGCAAGGGUCUCUCCGGCCAGAUACCUCCGGCUGUAGGUGGGCUCAAGAGCUUAACUGGUUUGUAUCUGCAUUUCAAUGCUCUUAUUGGAGAAAUACCGAAAGAGAUAGCUGAGCUGACUGAGCUAAGUGAUUUGUAUCUCAAUGUGAAUAAUUUGUCUGGGGAGAUUCCAUUUCAGAUUGGCAACAUGUCUAAUCUUCAAGUUUUGCAGCUGUGUUACAAUAAGUUGACUGGGAGUUUACCAACACAACUGGGUUCUCUGAAGAAGCUUAACGUCCUUGCUCUACAAUAUAAUCAGUUAACUGGUGCAAUACCUGCAAGCUUGGGUGAUUUAGGAUUGUUAACAAGGCUGGAUUUGAGCUUUAAUGGUCUUUUUGGUUCAAUUCCAGUAAAAUUAGCUAAUGCUCCUAUGCUACAAGUUCUAGACAUUCGAAACAACAGCCUCUCUGGGGAUGUGCCUCCAGCUUUGAAGAGACUGAAUAGUGGAUUCCAGUAUGACAACAACCCUAAGUUAUGUGGAGUCGAGUUUCCUAACUUGGAAACAUGUGAUCAUCUAAACCCAGAUAGACCUGAGCCUUCCAAACCUAGUGGUGCAUUGCAAAAGGAUAUCCCAGAAUCUGCAAACUUACCUUCUAAUUGCAGCCAAAUUCACUGUUCAAAUUCAUCCAAAAGUCCACAGUAUGGUGUGAUAUUUAGUGUAAUUGGAGUUUUUAUUGUAUUAACUGUCACUGGACUUUUCACAUUCACAUGGUACCGUCGCCAGAAACAGAAAAUUGGAAGUGCAUUUGAUACUUCAGAUGGUCGGCUUAGUACUGACCAGGUCAAGGAAGUUUGUAGGAAGAAUGCCUCUCCACUCAUCAGCCUAGAGUAUUCCAAUGGGUGGGAUCCCUUGGCCGUGGGCCAGAGCAAAAGUGGACUCUCUCAGGAAUUUCUUGAGAGCUUCAUGUUCAAUUUAGAAGAGGUAGAACGAGCAACUCAGUGCUUCUCAGAGGUGAAUUUGUUGGGGAAGAGUAAUUUCUCAGCCACCUACAAGGGAAUCCUAAGAGAUGGGUCAAUUGUUGCUGUAAAGUGCAUCACCAAAAUGAGUUGUAAAUCUGAUGAAGCUGAUUUUUUGAAGGGUUUGAAGAAUUUGACCUCAUUGAAACAUGAAAAUCUGGUGAGAUUGAGAGGCUUUUGCUGCUCAAAAGGAAGGGGGGAGUGUUUUCUCAUUUACGAUUUUGUCCCAAAUGGGAACCUGUUGCAGUAUCUUGACAUAAAUGAGGGCAAUGGGAGGUUUCUUGAAUGGUCCGCCAGAAUAUCUAUCAUAAAAGGCAUUGCCAAAGGUAUUGGGUAUUUACAUGGUCAUAAAGGAAAUAAAUCUGCUCUAUUCCACCAGAACAUAUCAGCUGAGAAAGUGCUCAUUGACAGACGAUAUAAUCCGUUGCUCUUAGAUUCAGGCUUGCACAAACUGCUGGCAGAUGACAUUGUCUUCUCCAUGCUUAAAGCUAGUGCUGCCAUGGGAUACCUGGCCCCUGAGUACACAACUACUGGCCGUUUUACUGAAAAGAGUGAUGUCUAUGCAUUUGGCAUGAUUGUACUUCAACUCCUCAGUGGAAAACGUAUAGUCACCACAAUGACUCGCCAAGCAGUGGAAUCAUUCAGGGUCGAAGACUUUAUUGAUGCAAAUCUUGAAAGAAAGUUCUCAGAAUCAGAGGCAGCCAAACUCGGGAGAUUAGCGCUUCUUUGCACUCAUGAAUCUCCAAAUCAAAGGCCUACAAUGGAAUCUGUGUUGGAGGAACUACAUGAAAUUAUUGUCUCUCCUUAACUCAUAUUCAGAAUUACGGACAUUUUGCCUCAGUUUUCAACGUGCAAGAGGCUAGACUUGGAUCCCUCACUUCCGCACUUACCAGCUGAUGUUGAAAGCUCAAUUGCUAAUUGUUGCCCAACUUCGUUGUCUUUUCUUGAGGACUGAAUCUGUUGUAAACGUUGGGGUUGUUCGGCUUCGUUGUAAUUUGUUGGGAGUUGCAAUGAACUUUUAGUCAUUAGGUCGGGGGGCAGGUCUAACUCUGUCAAGUGAUAUAUCUUUAGCUAAUGAACUGAAUUUAGGGAUGUAGUUAUAUUCAAAUUA